UUACAACAACCGUUUUACUUAUUUCUAUUUACAGCUUAUCGUACUAGCGAAGGCAAACCCUGGGUAUUGCCUGUGGUACGUAAAACAGAGAUUAAAAUUGCCAGCGAUGAUACGAUAAACCAUGAAUAUUUACCAGUUUUAGGUACUGAAGCGUUUACAAAAGCAGCAACCACUUUGUUAUUAGGUGAAGAUUCCCCCGCCUUGAGUGAAAAUAGAGCUUUUGGCGUACAAACCCUGUCUGGUACAGGUGCCUUGCGUAUUGGUGCUGAAUUUUUGCGCCGUCAAAUGAACCGCAAAGUUUUCUAUUAUUCCGAUCCUACUUGGGAGAAUCAUCACAAAGUGUUUAUGGAUGCUGGUUUUGAACAGCCCAAUACUUACCACUACUGGGACCAAAGUAAACGUGUUUUAGAUAUUGAAGGUCUUUUGGCAGAUUUAGAAAAGGCUCCCGAAGGCGCUGUUAUUAUUUUACAUGCAUGCGCCCAUCCUACCGGCUGUGAUCCUACUCACGAACAAUGGGUUCAAAUUGCCGAUUUGAUGGAACGCAAAAAAUUGUUCCCUUUCUUUGAUUCAGCUUAUCAAGGUUUUGCUAGCGGUGAUCCCGACUACGAUGCCUGGGCUGUAAGAUAUUUUAUUAAGCGUGGUUUUGAACUAUUCUGUGCCCAAUCAUUUGCCAAAAAUUUCGGUCUGUAUUGUGAACGUGUUGGUAAUUUAAGUGUAGUAUCAAAUACUCCUGCCGUUAAGGAGGCAGUACAAUCUCAAUUCACUUUAUUGGUUCGUGGCAUGUACUCAAAUCCCCCUGCCUAUGGUAGUCGUAUUGUAUCAACUGUUUUGAAUAAUGCUGAUUUAAGAAAAGAAUGGUGAGUAAGAAAUUUAAUUCAAAAUUGUCU